UUCCUGCAGCUCUUUCUGUUCUCUCCUCCUCCUGCUGCCUUGGAAAGGAGCUGGAGAGGGAGCCAUGGCGCUGCUGUUCUCAGCCCUCCGCCUUUUGCUGGGCCUUUUCUUUUCUGCCUGCGGGCUCCUGAAGCUCACCGACCGCUUCUCCGCAGAGCUCCACUUGCAGCUGAAAUCCCAGUUUGUCCAGUUUGCGGAUGUUUUCCCCCUGAAAGACUUUGGGUACAAGCCGGAGCCGGUCCGUUACUUGGAAAUAGUGGGCUGGAUAGAAGUCGUGGCAGGUUUCCUCUUGGCCUUCGGUCCUCAGCUGCUCCAGGAGAUCAGCAAUUUUGUCCUCACCAUUGUCAUGAUUGGUGCCAUCUACACGCUGUUGGUUUUGAAAGAACCCAUCGCCAUGUGCGCUCCGGCCACUGUCUGCUUGGGUCUGCUGCUUCUUCUCAACAUCCGGGGAAGGGGGAGAUCUGCCAAGUCAAAAUUCGAAUGAGGGAUUGGGGUCACUUUGAGGGGAUAGAGGGCUGGGAAAGGAUGCUCUUGAGAUGGCAGGAGGGCUCGCUCUCGACCCUUCCGCCUCUCCCUUCCUACUUGUCGAUGGGGUAACUUGACUCCUGCUCAUGAGUAACCCAAGAAGACUGUGGAUUUUGAAUCGCUCUAAAUCGGGUGGGCAACUAUUGGGUGUUAAGGAGCCAUGGAGGGCUGCACUCUGCAAAAUAAAUGCACCCCACAAUACCACUAAAUACACUCUAGAUGGCAUUUUUACCAGGUAUUUGAUCCUCUCCAGGCAGUUUCAGGCUCAGAAGAGGCCUUUUUUAAGCAACAGCAAGUGAACAACAAGUCAACUUGCGUGCCAUUUCUUGUCAAAAAAAGGUAAUGCCUGGGUUUAUAACAGUGCAGAUGGGGCCAAAAUAGUGAAAAUGUUCCCUGCACUUAGUAGAGGGCAUUUGGAAGCAAUUGUUUUGGACCCUACAAGGCUUGGGGGUCCACCAAAACAGCUCUGGAAGCCAUAUGUAUUCCAUGGGCCGCAUCUUCCCCACUUCUCUUUUCAGUCAAUAUAACAUUCUUUUUCUUUGUAGACCUGGAGAGAGGCUUUAACUUCUCAGCGAAAAGAGUCACAUGUGGAUUUCAUAGUUCAGGCCAAGUUGGUUGAACAUUGAAAUGUGCAUCGCUUUUAUCUUAUCCUUUUGUUGCAAAUUGCUUGACAGACCCUUCUGCAGACUGGAUUGAACUGCUGUAAAGAAACAGCUUUGACAGCGAUCCUGUUUAUAAGUUCUUUGUAAAUUGUUUCAGCAUGAAAUGGCCAGCUUAUACAUGCCUCACAUCUGAAUAUUGGUGUAAAUUGUUUACUCUCUCAAGAGACCCUGGUUUACACCUUGAGUUUUACACAACUGUCCAGUUGUGAUACGUGAUCAUUUGUGGAAUUCAUUUCACGUUCUGAUUCUCUGUUCACAUGCAAAAGUUGAAGGGAAUCAGCAACUUCUGGCAAAUUUUACAGCUCUUAACUCGUUGCUUUCUUGGACUACAGCUCCCAGAAGUCCCUAGCUGGUGAUUUCCAGACGCUCCUAAACAGUCACUUUGUAGGUACAGUAGGCUCUUGACAUUCACUGGGGUUUGGUUCCAGGACCUCUCAUGGAUAUCAAAAUCGAUAGAUUCUCUAGUCACAUUAUAUAAAAUGGCAUAGUAAAAUGGUGCCCCUUAUAUAAAAUGGCAAAGUCAAGGUUUGCUUUUUGGGAUUUAAGGAAAAUAAAAAAUUUCAAGCUGUGGAUGGUUGAAUCUGUGGAUGCAGAAUCUGUGGUUACGGAGGGCUGACUGUUACCCUUGUAUACAGUGACCUCUGAUGUUUUAUGAUCACAGCUUUUCAAAUGGUGACAGUCCUUUACUGUAUCUGCUGGGGUUUGGUUACAGGACCCCCCCCCCCAUAGAUACCAAAAUCCAUGGAUGCUCAAUUCCCAUUGUAUUGAAUGGCAUCAUAAAAUGGUGACACUUAUAUAAAAU